AACUGGAUACUGCUUCAAAGCUGAAAAGAUUGGUUUCAUUGUAAAAUUUCAAAUAAUUUGUGUUUUAUUCUGUGAUUCAAAUAAAAAGUUGAACAACUCCCACUGGGAUGUGAAAAAUUCAGAACAAUGUUCGAACGUACCUUUCUGGUAAAGUACAUUUCAGAGAAAAACAACUUCCUUUAUUUACCUUUGAGUUUCAAGUUCCUGAAAACGGGUCUCCAUUCUUCCUAUGGAUUAUUGCAGACUUGUCUCCGACUCAACUACAAGGAUGAAAAAGAGUUAUAUUUAUCUGUUCAUUCAACAACAGGGUAUUUAGAUGAGAAAAGCAUUGGAAUAAACUCUCUAUUGGGUAAAGCAUUGGGACUAAACGAGAAUGAACCAGUAACAUUGUAUGAAAUAUCACAGCCACCUUGUAUCACUAGUAUAAAAAUUUCACCUUUAAACAAAGUUGAUUAUGAUGUAAUUGAAAUGCUAUCUGGAAAUAUUCAGGAAACCUUAUUGAAUCAAAUUAGGGUUGUAAAUUCUGGACAAAAAUUUGUGAUUUGGAUUGGACAGAAUAUUAAUGUAACUGUUAAUGUUGAUAGUAUACAGCCAGUUUCACCUGGUGCUAUAGAUUUCUUGACAGAAGUUCAUAUAGAUCAGUUCAUUGAUAACAUACCAAAAACACCAUUAGAUACAACAAUCAAUAGCAAUAAUGAUAAUCAAAAGAAACCACCUUUCAGUCUGAAAGUGUUAGAAUCUUUCAACAAAUAUUUUAAAGAAGAUUGUGAUUAUGAUCAUAAUUCACAGAAAUACUUUGAAUGUAAAACAUACCUAGUCUGUAGAUUAGUGGCUUUGAAAGACCUACCACUCCCUACAGAAACAAUUAAUCAUCUAAAACCAUUCAACAUUUUUGUACCAGAAAAAACCAUAAGUGAAUACCAAUUAAAUGUUAGUACAACUGAAAAGAAAUCAGUAUAUUCUUUAACAUUGUUAACUAAUGAUGUAUUCUCAAACAAAACAAUUUUUGUGCAACUAAUACCACUGGAAACUAUCCUCAAAAAUCACAAAUUCAAUUUGAGUCAAACAUUGUUGGUGGACGACCAGGUGUUUCAUAUUUUUGGGACUGGGUUAGGAUGUAGAGUUAUUGUGAAACAAAUUGAAAAUCAUCCAAUUGUGACAGAAAUCUUUAUACACACCAAGAAGAAUUAUUUGACUGAUAUCAUAGAAGAAUUUAAGAAAUACUUAGCACAAGGCAGUGAUGAAAUUUUCAUCUUAAAUGGAGAUGUUCCUGUAAGAAUUGGUAAUAAUAUUGUAUGUAGCCUUAAAUUUUCACCAGUUGAGGCAAAAUAUUGCCUGGUAGAUGAUCAUUUAGUGAGAAACUGCAAGUAUGUUGUGGAAAAUGAAAAUGUGGUCAUUGAACAAAAAACCAAUGUAAAGGAGGAUCACUGUGAAAUAUUUGAAAACAUCUCAAAUUACCAGAGAAUAAUUGAUGAAAUUUUGCAGACAUUCACAAUAAAUGAUAAUGGAAGUCUUGAAAAUGUUUUAAUAAUUGGAAAACCUGGUACAGGAAAGACAUCACUGUUGAAAACUUUGUGUGCCAAAUUGCAAAAGUACCCCUAUUAUUUUUAUGUGAAAAUAAUUAAAUGUAAGAGCAUAAAAGGUAAAACAAUGGAUUCCUUGCAGAAAUUAUUUUCUACUGAUUUUUCUGAACUCAUACUUCGACAGCCUUCUAUAUUAGUUCUGGAUGAUCUUCAUGUCCUUUGUGAAAGAAUACAGGGUGAUGAUACUACACCUAAUGUUAUAUAUUUCAACAGGGUUAGUGAUAUGUUAAGGAAUUUCCUGAAAUUCAUUUUGCAUUUCCAUCAAAUAGCAGUUUGUGCUACUGCAGAAUCCACUGAAAAACUGAAUACACAUUUAUACUCAACAAAAGGCAACCAUUUAUUCAAGAAUGUCCAUUCAAUUGGUAAUUUUGCUAAGAUAGACAGGGUAUCAGUUUUGAAGAGUUUUUUCAAGAAUGAUAAAUGUGAUGGAGUGAACUAUGAGGACUUGUCUAUCAAAACAGAAGGUUUUGUUGUUCAAGAUCUUGUGGAUUUUUACAAUAAAACCAUUUAUGAGUCCUUGAAAGAUGCAAGCGGCGUUGAUGAUUCAGUCAUCAUAAAUAAGGAUCACUGUGAAAAAGCUUUGAAGAAUACCUGCGUCAUUUCCUUGGAAAAUGUUAGCCUUCAUUCACCUGGAGAAAACGACUUUUCAAACAUCGGGGGCCUACAUGAUAUAAAAAAAGUUUUGAUGGAAAGUUUGGUGUGGCCUGUACAAUAUCCUGGUAUAUUUUCGAAUGCACCUUUACGUCUACAGUCAGGACUCCUUUUGUAUGGUCCCCCGGGUACAGGAAAAACGCUAUUGGCUGCUGCAGCUGCCAAACAGUUUGGUCUCAGGUUGAUAUCUGUCAAGGGGCCGGAGUUGUUGUCCAAGUACAUUGGGGCCAGUGAGCAGGCAGUUCGAGACAUAUUCCAAAAGGCAGAAAGUGUUAGACCAUGCAUUCUAUUCUUUGAUGAGUUUGAUAGCUUGGCUCCUAGGCGCGGUCAUGACAAUACUGGAGUGACAGACAGAGUGGUCAACCAAUUACUGACACAACUAGAUGGCGUUGAAUCUUUGACCGGCGUUUGUGUACUCGCCGCUACUUCCAGACCCGAUCUCUUGGACCCAGCGCUACUCAGACCUGGGCGACUUGAUCAACAACUUCAUUGUCCUCUGCCAGAUGAGGAUAGUCGCUUUGAUAUUUUGACCGUGCUUUCUAGAAAAAUUGACUUGGCACCAGAUGCUGAUUUGAAAGUUAUUGCUAAAGAAACGGAGUAUUUUUCUGGUGCAGAUUUGAAAUCUUUGUUGUAUUCUGCUCAGCUGUCUACAAUUGACAAUCUUCUGGAGAAGAAUAAUGUUACAUCAAACGAUAUCGGGUCCAAAAUAACGCACCAACAUCUUCGAGAAGCCUUAGCAAAGACAAAACCAUCUUUGCCGGUGCAAGAAAGAUUGAAAUAUGAAAGAAUAUAUGCAAAAUUCCAAACUGGUUCGACUGUUGAAGCUACCAAGGCCGGUAGCAGGGCAACUUUAGCUUAAUUCGGGUUCAAAAUAAAUAAAUAUGUUAUGUUUGAAUUGUUAUCUAUAUCAAUAAAAUGUUUUCAUCUGGGUA